CUUUCUUUUCCCUCCCAAGCUGACAUUGCUGUAGAGCUGCGAAUUGCCCUAUAUCAGAUAGGGCAUAGGCCACACGUGAUGGUGGUGGUAAUGAACAUGGCGAUGACCUCACUAUUCCAUCGUCCGAUUAGAUAAGAUACCAGUCUGGUUGAGUUGCUUUCAUUCAGGCUCUUGUUAUUAGUUAGAAUUCAUAUUCUUGUUCGAUUCUCGUUAAUAUCUAAUUGCCCUAAUGUAUAAUACCAAUACCGACAUCUGUAUUGCUGGUGCUGUAGCAGCCGUAACAGUUGACUUCUUAGUUUACCCCUUCGACACCCUCAAAACCCGCAUCCAAGCCCCCGACUACGAGAAGCGUUAUAAAGACGCCAAAACCGGAAUCAUACGACGUGAUGUUCUCUUCAAGGGCGUGUAUCAGGGUGUUUGGAGUGUUGUGUUGUCGACAAUACCUGCUUCCGGCGCGUUCUUCACAACCUACGAAGCCAUAAAAUACACACUCGACGAAACCAGCACAACCACGCGCGCCCAACGCUCCUCUCAGUCCCAAAACGAAGCAAUCCACAAAUUCCCUAUCCUCCACUCCCUCCCCACCCCCAUUGUCCACGCAAUCGCCUCCUCAACAGCCGAAAUGGUCUCCUGCCUCAUGAUCACCCCCGCAGAGGUCCUAAAGCAGAACGCGCAGGUCAUCGAGACGAGCGGUGGCCAGCAGACUGCUGCGAUACAAGUGUUUUCGCGGUUCAGGCAUAAGCCGUGGAAAUUGUGGAGUGGGUAUGCGGCGCUUGUGGGGAGGAAUUUACCGUUUACGGGGCUGCAUUUUCCGCUUUUUGAAUAUGUGCGCUCGCAUGUUGUUGAUUGGAGGCAGGAGGAGAAGAGGAAGGAUAAGGAUGGGAAUGGGGGUGAGUUGGGGCGGAUACAGGAGUGGAAUCCUGUGCUGGAGCGGGCGGUUUUGACUGGGUUUUCGGCGGGUUUGUCGGGGAUGAUUGCUUCGGUUGUUACUACGCCGAUUGAUGUGGUGAAGACGAGGGUUAUGCUGGCUGCUAGUAAUGGGUAUGUUAGUGGUGAAGGUGGUGGUGCGCCUGGGCCAGAUACGAUGAAGAAGAUAGGGACGCGGGGGACGAUAGAUGUUGGGAAGGAGAUUUGGGAGAAUGAGGGCAUAAAGGGGCUUUUCAAAGGAGGGUUGAUUCGGGCUGCGUGGACGGCAGUUUCACUGGGGUUGUAUUUGAGUAUCUACGAGGCGGGUAGGUUUUAUCUCGAAAAUAGACGGAAGGAUAGGGAUGGUAAAGCGCAGAGAAAAGAGGGCGAGGGUGUUAUAUAGUAUCGCAUGGUUGGCAUUAAAUAGAAUGGAUAGAUUGCUUAUUGAACUUAUAAUCAAACUCUUUAUUAGGAAUACAUAGCAGUGGUAUACACCGUGCAAAACACAGGAAACAUCAUAACUCAUAACAAAACAUAGGCGUAUAUCCAAACAUAAAAUCAUAAGCAUGAACAAAAUCAUCCAAAGUCGUCAAAUCAUUAUAAGCUGUCGUAUUAAGUUGGCCGGGCCAUCUCCAUAAAGAAGCGGAUGGCACUAUCCCACGGUGAACCUCUUCAACCAACCAGGCACGAUUUUUGCCCCAAUACCAGCUGAGGCA